UUUGAGUUUGGAUGACAAAUUACAAAGGCCAGUUUCCCGGGGAAAUGCCAAUUCAGCUGCCUCUCGAAGCAAAUGCACUAGUAUCAAUUGUCUCCAAUCAUGAAGAAAAUAUGCCUGACUUUGGUCCUCUUCAGUACCUUGGAGAUAGGAUAUGUCACUGGGAGUUGUUGCAACAACAAUUAUUGGUGCGACGGUGAUCCAAGUUUCAUAGAGACGCCUGAUAUCCGGCAAGACCAGUACGAGAACUUCCUUCGUGUCACGUGGAGCAAUACGUACCUGAACCUAUACAAAUGCGUGGACUUUUUCUACGUCGAAUAUUGUCAAGUAUCCAAUGGAGAGGAGGAUACCCUCUGCUCUGAAGAGGCCAAGGUGGCGCCUGUGGCCAUGUUUAAAGAAAGAGUUCUAGAUGAUUGGGAGGAUCCCAUCACUCCUCUUGUUAGCAGGUAUUGGGCGAACAUCACCGUGAAGUAUGACACGAAAUACCUGAUCAAGGUUUUUGCAGUGGACAAAGGAACAGGUUGGGGAGAAUCCGAAGGUAAAGCAAUUGUGUCUUCAAAACCAAUAUACUUCCAAUCAAGAGCAUUCAUGGAGAUCCCAAAGCCAUUGGAUCCCAAGGUAUCCAUGCAACGGGAGUUAGAUGAGGCGUACCCACCAAAUAUAUGUAGUGUGGGCCACAUGUGUGAGCAACUGGCCAGAGAUUGGAUCGUGGAUGUUGCCGAGCACGCCAAGUCUCAUUCCCUGCGAUAUCAUGAUCCGGAAUUCCUCCCACCCCUGGAUAUUCGAUGGGAGGAUAACCGACGGGUUUACGAACAAGGUCGCCUUCUUCGGUUGAGCCGAGUCAAUUUGAACGAAACGAGCAUUAACAACUCGAGCAACUCUUCGCUGGAGAUCUCUCUCGUGCUUCACCUCAGAAUGCUCAGAAUCACAUACUGGUGGCAGUCCUUUUUCACCAACGGUCUCUUGAGUCUCUACCACACUUGUGGUGAAAAUCUCCCUUUAGCAAUAUUUAGGGAUGUGGACGUUGACGAGGUGGAAGAGACAUUGCCUCCGGAUUGCUUCUUGCCGAUUCGAGUUUGGUUCCAAGUUCCAAUGCAUUCGACCAAAAUCCUCCCGAGAAUACUUCUUGUCCAUGUUGCAUUGCACCGGCCAGACUUCAAGUAUGACGUCACAUGGAUUUCGAAACACUUCCACAACUUGGACCUUCUUUGGGCCGAAGAAAGUGAGUUGGCUGAGCACAGGAUACGAACCGCCCUCACAAUGGCCUUUGAAGAUGCUUUCAAAUUCAACCGCCCCCGAAUUUGGCUUCGAAAGAAGUUCAAAAAUUUCCGGAAGAUCAUAGCCAACGCUGGCCAAGAUUCAAACAAUGUCAGAGAGUAACUCAGAAGUUAAGAUAUGAUAAAAUAUAAUACUUUGAAGCCUUUCCCGUAUAUUGUGGUACAAUGCAACCAAAACUUGAGAUAUAUAUUUAUAUAGUAUUUUAAACAGCA